AUGGCGAUUCACGCACACUUUACCGCUACAGAUUUCAUUGUAUUUUCGUUAACCUUGUUAGCCUCUAUGGGUAUUGGAAUUUUCUAUUCUAGAUCCGGAGGAGCACAACAAAAUAAUAACGAAUAUCUCAUGGCGGGACGAAGUAUGUCCAGUCUUCCAGUAGCGGUAUCUGUUCUGGCUUCUUUCGUGUCCUCCAUCGCUAUUCUGGGAAAUCCAGCUGAGGUGUACGCGUAUGGUUUUCAGUACUGGCUUCAAUGUUUUACGAACUUUAUAUCUGUGCCCAUCAUGGCACUGGUUUUUUUACCCGUUUAUUACAAUCUCCGCUUGACAAGCAGUUACGAGGUGAGUGAACCGCCGGUCGUAUCAGCAUAAAACAGUAAAUAUGUUUACAUGUCGUGGCCAUAUAUUUCACCGGUCAAGGCAUAGUUGGUCAAGGUCAGUAAAUAUGUACUGUGCUUUUGCACCAUAUAUAAAGCUAAGGCACAGAACCUUUCUUACGCACAUAUUAGACUAUUUGUGCCACUUUUUUUAUUUAAAAACAAGUGUUUAGCGCUGCACUGCAUUGAAGGGUCAAUAAUCGUGAAAGUUCGUGGCACAUGACCAGUAAAAUAAAACCAACGGAUGUAACAUAAUCGAAUCAGAUAAUCGAUACCCAUGCAAUAAGCCAACGCUAUAUUAAAGCACGUUACUCUUUCUCGUCCUGUAAGGCUCCUUUUAUUUUAAAUUGGUUUUGAUAUAAUGUAUAUACGUAUACAAGUGGCACUAUUUGCAAGUUAAAACGGUGUAAAUUGCACCCUGUUCAUUCAUCUGAUGAUCUAUCCUAAAUAAUUAUGACAAUUGUGUUGUCACCUGAAUCGAUUUAAGUCCUUUGUUCUCCUUAAAAGCUUUAAAUAAUUUGAAAUGGUUAUGAUAUGAUGUAUUUUAUAAUUUUGACUAUAUAAAUAAUGAACGGUUUUGUUAAGUAGACAAGAACAAAUUGGUCCCUGAUCUUAACCUUAUUAUUUAUGACAUUUGUAUAGUCAUCUAAAUGAAUUGAGAUGGCUCAGAAAGGGCUAUGGACUAAAAAAAGAACUUUUUUGUUAUAUUUGUUAUGUACUCUAAUUUCUGCCAGGGGGUGGGGGAGGGGGGUGGGGAAGAGGGGAGUGGAUGGAGAGGGUUAUCACUACGGUGGUCUAAAUGGGUAGGCUCCACCGAAAAGUGGUACCUUUUUCAGGUAUGGAUUUCUUACGUUGUAGUAUAUGAAAGGGAAGGGAAAUCUCUGAUUUAGUUAUUUAAAUUAUAUAAUUUAUGGCAUCAAUGCAUUAAAGAAUACAUGAAACAGGAACUCCUUUCCUUUAGAACAGGUGGAAAAAAACUUUUCUCUCUGUAUGAAUUAACUAUUGUAAACAAAUUUAUAAUUUGUACUCAGAAACCCAUGAGGGGUUGUUCAACCCCUUAUGAGUUUCUGUUGUACUCUAACUUACCAGUAUAAUAUAGCAUUUUGAAUUCUAAUAAUAGUUGUCUGGUUAUUUUUUCAGUAUUUAGAGAGAAGAUUCUCCUUCAGUGUGCGUAUGUUAGGCUCUGUAGUGUUUGUCAUUCAAACAGUAAGUAUAUGCAUGGCAAGGAUUUGUUGAUUUAAGAGUAAAAGAAUGUCUUAAAAGAUUCAGAUUUUCUCUUUUACCAUCACACCUGAUGUGCUAAGAAUGAUAAUGGACAUGAAGUAAUAGUUUUGACAAUAAAUUUCUUUGAACAAAUUCUAAAUCAUUUUGUUGAAUUAACAGGUGUUAUACACAGCUAUCGUAUUGUAUGGCCCUUCUCUUACAUUGGAAUCAGGUAAGUAUUGAAGAUAAACUGUUGCUGAGCUUCAAUGCGUAUUGAUUGGUUAAUUGAUGGAUUGAUUGAUUGACAUUGAGAGAUGAUAUACUUUUUUGUUCUCUGGCUUGAAUUGUGCUGCAAACCUGUCCAAACAGCACUUUGAAAUAAGUUAUUUAUUUAAUGUAGUUUACCAGGAGGAACAAAAAGAAACGUUUCAACCAUGCAACUGAGGCUGUUAGUGAAACAUAGUCAAACAUCCUAUAAUGGACUCUCCUUUAUUAUGGACAGUUCAUUUGGUAGCAAAGAUGCCAUAACUCAUACACCUCUGACCUCUGUGAUUAAGGACACCUCUAAAAUACAGUUACUUUGCUGUCUCUUGGUAUCCAAGUUAUUGGUCAAAAUUAAAUUCAGUUUAAAAAUUUUUUAACCUUGGUUGAUUCUAUAUUUCCUUUGUCUUUUAGCCCUUAUUAUUUAUGAAUUAGGGAAACCUAGGAUAAAAAAAGUUUAACCUGGAUUUAUACUUUUGACCUGUAACAUCCAUAUUAAGGAGAUUUCACUUUUUAAAUGUAAUUUACUGCUUAAAGUGUUAAUUUAUGACUGUUAUUAAUAUUAUUUCUCUGUCUUUAGUCACAGGCUUCCCAUUAUGGUUAUCCACAGUCGUAACUGGACUUGUCUGCACUUUCUACACCACUGUGGUAAAUAAUUCAAAAACUCCUUAAAAUAGCUGUAGCGAAAUAGCUGUACUGUAUAUGUAUAGCUUAACACGUUCACAUUGUACUUACAAAUGCAAGGUUAGCAUAGAUGACCGAAUUAUUUGCAAAAAUGUAUUUAAAAAAGUUCAGUUUAAGAUAACUUUGUUUUAAUCUCCAGCUGUUGAUGUCUUUUUUCAUCUUACUUAUACUUCAUUUGAAAAUGACAGUUUUUUUAUUUUUUUAGGGUGGAAUGAAAGCUGUAAUUUGGACUGAUGUGUUUCAAGGAGUUGUGAUGUUAGCUGGUCUGACAACAAUCAUUAUAGUUGGAACUGUUAAGGUUGGCAGCCUUAGUGCUGUGUUUCAUACGGCUUACAAAGGACACAGACUUGAUGUUGAGUAAGUUUGAUAACAUAAUUAAAUUACAUGUACAAAUUCUGCGAUGUUAUUUUUUCAGGCUCUGUGUGCCUGUCUCUGGGAAAGUUGAAAAUGUAAUCUAGAUUGUGUGUGCUUGCAGUUUCUCUUUAGAUCCAACCCACCGAAGUACUUUCUGGGCAUUUUUGAUUGGUGGUAUAUUUCAGAUGCUUCCUGUUUAUGCAACCAAUCAGACUGCUGUCCAAAGAUUUUUGACUUCCAGAUCUUUUAAAUCUGCACAAAGGUAAAUUUUCCGUAGUUGAUAGAAUUAUUGAUGGAUAUAAAUAUUAUUUUUGUUGUAAUAAUUUUACAGGAACUAAAAGUCUGUGUGUGAAUUCAGAUGUAGUUCAGCUGUCUUCAUCCUCUCUCUCUCUUUCUUUAGUGUAGGGAGGCAACAGUGUGAUACAUAAGAUGCGCUUAUAGGCAAAACGUAAACAAGGUGUAUACUGUAGUUAAUAUUGUUAUGGUCAAAAUUUGUGUGUCCUUAACAGCAGGGAAUUUUUAAAUUUUUUUUAGAGCUGUGUGGAUGAAUAUACCACUUAACAUUUUCAGCACAACUCUGACAGUUUUAACAGGCCUAGUCAUCUAUGCAUUUUAUUCCACUUGUGACCCUCUGACUACAAAGGAAAUAAACACAGACGACGAGGUACAGUUUAGUCGUGAUUAUUCUUGAUAAUAAUUUUUAAUAGCAAUACUAAAUUAACAAGCAUUUUGCUUGACUCAGUCAUGUGACUGUAAAGAAUUAUUAACCAAGGUGUUAUGUCGUUAGUACUUACAGGUAUCACAUGACUGUUUUCGCUUUAGAUCUUACCAUACUUUGUGAUAGAAGUACUUGGCAAAUUUCAUGGUAUUCCUGGAGUGUUUGUAGCCUGCUUGUUUUGUGGUACCUUGAGGUGAUCUAUAACUUUGUUGUUAGCACAGAUAAUUUUCUCAUCUCUCAUUGGCAACAUAAAUGCCCUGGCUCUGAUAAUUUUCCUUCAUUUUUGUUUCCUUGUUCAUUUACUCAGUACUGUGGCAUCAGGACUUAACGCCCUGGCAGCAGUUACGGUGGAAGACUUUGCUCCUUUGGUGGUACAACAUAUUCCAACUGAAAGAGAAACAUUAGUGUCCAGGUUACUAGGUAUAUAAUAGGCAUAUAAUUUAUCAACUUUUUCACCACAGGGAUCAAUGGCCAAAACUUAAGACCAAGUGACAUAAUUGCAUAGAAUGUCUUAUUUUACUGGUCACACCAUAGGAUUUCAUCUUAGACUUAAAAGUUAAAACUAUCAUUUCAAUAUGCUAUGUUCUAAAUAAUUCCAGACUUCACUGAAUUGACAAAUGAUUGAAUUAGCUACAGUGGCUGAUAACACCAUCCACAUGCUAGUGUACAAAUGUACAAAAAGGCAUCUUUGGGUGCCCGGCUUAUUGGUUUUAGGAAGAGGAUAAGUUUUUCAUGACCUAGAGAACAGGCAUUACUCUUUUGUUGCACAAAUCUCCACUUUGUGACCCCCACCCCCAUAUUGAAGAAACUGUUAUUAAAGUAACCAAGACUAUUUUUAUCACUAAUUUAAUAAACAUUUCAUCUCAGUUCCCCUAGCUCUUUUUACAGUCAUUUCAUUUUAAUCUACAAAUAUAUUUUUCAGUGUGUGUUUAUGGAUUUGUUUCUUCCAGUAAAAUAAAACCAACGGAUGUAACAUAAUCGAAUCAGAUAAUCGAUACCCAUGCAAUAAGCCAACGCUAUAUUAAAGCACGUUACUCUUUCUCGUCCUGUAAGGCUCCUUUUAUUUUAAAUUGGUUUGGAUAUAAUGUAUAUACGUAUACAAGUGGCACUAUUUGCAAGUUAAAACGGUGUAAAUUGCACCCUGUUCAUUCAUCUGAUGAUCUAUCCUAAAUAAUUAUGACAAUUGUGUUGUCACCUAAAUCGAUUUAAGUCCUUUGUUCUCCUUAAAAGCUUUAAAUAAUUUGAAAUGGUUAUGAUAUGAUGUAUUUUAUAAUUUUGAUUAUAUAAAUAAUGAACGGUUUUGUUAAGUAGACAAGAACAAAUUGGUCCCUGAUCUUAACCUUAUUAUUUAUGACAUUUGUGUAGUCAUCUAAAUGAAUUGAGGUGGCUCAUAAAGGGCUAUGGACUAAAAAAAGAACUUUUUUGUUAUUUUUGUUAUGUACUCUAAUUUCUGCCAGGGGGUGGGGGAGGGGGGUGGGGAAGAGGGAAGUGGGUGGAGAGGGUUAUCACUACGGUGGUCUAAAUGGGUAGGCUCCGCCCAAAAGUUUUACCUUUUUCAGGUAUGGAUUUCACAAGUUGUAGUAUAUGAAAGGGAAGGGAAAUCUGUGAUUUAGUUAUUUAAAUUAUAUAAUUUAUGGCAUCAAUGCAUUAAAGAAUACAUGAAACAGGAACUCCUUUCCUUUAGAACAGGUGGAAAAAACUUUUAUCUCUGUAUGAAUUAACUAUUGUACAAAGAUUUAUAAUUUGCACUCUAACUUACCAGUAUAAUAUAGCAUUUUGAAUUCUAAUAAUACUUGUCUGGUUAAUUUUCCAGUAUUUAGAAAGAAGAUUCUCCUUCAGUGUGCGUAUGUUAGGCUCUGUAGUGUUUGUCAUUCAAACAGUAAGUACAUGCAUAGCAAGGAUUUGUUGAUUUUAGAGUAAAAGUAUGUCUUAAUAGAUUGAGAUUUUCUCUUUUACUUAGAGGUAGUCUUUCUUCCAUCACACUUGGUGUGUUGAGAAUGAUAAUGGACAUGAAGUAGUAGUUUUGACAAUAUAUUUCUUUGAGCAAAUUCUAAAUCAUUUUGUUGAAUUAACAGGUGUUAUACACAGCUAUCGUAUUGUAUGGCCCUUCUCUUACAUUGGAAUCAGGUAAGCAUUGAAGAUAAACUGUUGCUGAGCUUCAAUGCAUAUUGAUUGGUUAAUUGAUGGAUUGAUUGAUUGAUCAAUUGAUUGAUUGACAUUGAGAGAUAAUAUACUUUUUUGUUCUCUGGCUUGAAUUGUGCUGCAAACCUGUCCAAACAGCACUUUGAAAUAAGUUACUUAUUUAAUGUAGUUUACCAGGAGGAACAAAAAGCAACGUUUCAACCAUGCAACUGAGGCUGUUAGUGAAACAUAGUCAAACAUCCUAUAAUGGACUCUCCUUUAUUAUGGGCAGUUCUUUUGGUAGCAAAGAUGCCAUAACUCGUACACCUCUGACCUCUGUGAUUAAGAACACCUCAAAAAUGCAGUUACUUUGCUGUCUCUUGGUAUCCAAGUUAUUGGUCAAAAUUAAAUUCAGUUUAAAAAAUUUUUAACCUUGGUUGAUUCUAUAUUUCCUUUGUCUUUUAGCCCUUAUUAUUUAUGAAUUAGGGAAACCUAGGAUAAAAAAGUUUAACCUGAAUUUAUACUUUUGACCUGUAACAUCCAUAUUAAGGAGAUUUCACUGUUAAAAUGUAAUUUACUGCUUAAAAUGUAAAUUUAUGAUUGUUAUUAAUAUUAUUUCUCUGUCUUUAGUGACAGGCUUCCCACUAUGGUUAUCCACAGUCGUAACUGGACUUGUCUGCACUUUCUACACCACUGUGGUAAAUAAUUCAAAAACUCAUUAAAAUAGCUGUAGCGAAAUAGCUGUACUGUAUAUGUUCAGCUUUACAUGUUCACAGUGUACUUACAAAUGCAAGGUUAGCAUAGAUGACCAAAUUAUUUGCAAAAAUGUAUUUAAAAAAGUUCAGUUUAAGAUAACUUUGUUUUAAUCUCUAGCUGUUGAUGUCUUUUUUCAUCUUACUUAUACUUCAUUUGAAAAUGACAGUUUUUUUAUUUUUUCAGGGUGGAAUGAAAGCUGUAAUUUGGACUGAUGUGUUUCAAGGAGUUGUGAUGUUAGCUGGUCUGACAACAAUCAUUAUAGUUGGAACUGUUAAGGUUGGCAGCCUUAGUGCUGUGUUUCAUACGGCUUACAAAGGACACAGACUUGAUGUUGAGUAAGUUUGAUAACAUAAUUAAAUUACAUGUACAAAUUCUGCGAUGUUAUUUUUUCAGGCUCUGUGUGCCUGUCUCUGGGAAAGUUGAAAAUGUAAUCUAGAUUGUGUGUGCUUGCAGUUUCUCUUUAGAUCCAACCCACCGAAGCACUUUCUGGGCAUUUUUGAUUGGUGGUAUAUUUCAGAUGCUUCCUGUUUAUGCAACCAAUCAGACUGCUGUCCAAAGAUUUUUGACUUCCAGAUCUUUUAAAUCUGCACAAAGGUAAAUUUCCGUAGUUGAUAGAAUUAUUGAUGGAUAUAAAUAUUAUUUUUGUUGUAAUAAUUUUACAGGAACUAAAAGUCUGUGUGUGAAUUCAGAUGUAGUUCAGCUGUCUUCAUCCUCUCUCUCUCUUUCUUUAGUGUAGGGAGGCAACAGUGUGAUACAUAAGAUGCGCUUAUAGGCAAAACGUAAACAAGGUGUAUACUGUAGUUAAUAUUGUUAUGGUCAAAAUUUGUGUGUCCUUAACAGCAGGGAAUUUUUAAAUUUUUUUUAGAGCUGUGUGGAUGAAUAUACCACUUAACAUUUUCAGCACAACUCUGACAGUUUUAACAGGCCUAGUCAUCUAUGCAUUUUAUUCCACUUGUGACCCUCUGACCACAAAGGAAAUAAACACAGACGACGAGGUACAGUUUAGUCGUGAUUAUUCUUGAUAAUAAUUUUUAAUAGCAAUACUAAAUUAACAAGCAUUUUGCUUGACUCAGUCAUGUGACUGUAAAGAAUUAUUAACCAAGGUGUUAUGUCAUUAGUACUUACAGGUAUCACAUGACUGUUUUCGCUUUAGAUCUUACCAUACUUUGUGAUAGAAGUACUUGGCAAAUUUCAUGGUAUUCCUGGAGUGUUUGUAGCCUGCUUGUUUUGUGGUACCUUGAGGUGAUCUAUAAGUUUGUUGUUAGCACAGAUAAUUUUCUCAUCUCUCAUGGGCAUCAUAAAUGCCCUGGCUUUGAUAAUUUUCCUUCAUUUUUGUUUUUUUCUUGUUCAUUUACUCAGUACUGUGGCAUCAGGACUUAACGCCCUGGCAGCAGUUACGGUGGAAGACUUUGCUCCUUUGGUGGUACGACAUAUUCCAACUGAAAGAGAAACAUUAGUGUCCAGGUUACUAGGUAUGUAAUAGGCAUAUAAUUUAUCAACUUUUUCACCACAGGGAUCAAUGGCCAAAACUUAAGACCAAGUGACAUAAUUGCAUAGAAUGUCUUAUUUUACUGGUCACACCAUAGGAUUUCAUCUUAGACUUAAAAGUUAAAACUAUCAUUUCAAUAUGCUAUGUUCUAAAUAAUUCCAGACUUCACUGAAUUGACAAAUGAUUGAAUUAGCUACAGUGGCUGAUAACACCAUCCACAUGCUAGUGUACAAAUGUACAAAAAGGCAUCUUUGGGUGCCCGGCUUAUUGGUUUUAGGAAGAGGAUAAGUUUUUCAUGACCUAGAGAACAGGCAUUACUCUUUUGUUGCACAAAUCUCCACUUUGUGACCCCCACCCCCAUAUUGAAGAAACUGUUAUUAAAGUAACCAAGACUAUUUUUAUCACUAAUUUAAUAAACAUUUCAUCUCAGUUCCCCUAGCUCUUUUUACAGUCAUUUCAUUUUAAUCUACAAAUAUAUUUUUCAGUGUGUGUUUAUGGAUUUGUUUCUCUUGGCUUGGCUUUUCUGGUCUCAAAACUUGGAAUGAUUUUACAGGUAAGCUCUAAAAAUUGCAUGUUAGCAGGUGUAAAUAAUUUUGCAAGCCUGCAAAAAAAUGUCAAUCAAUAGACAUCAAAAUUAUUGUCAACGUUAUCUUGAAAUAAACCGUAGUUAAAUUGCCAAAAAUAAAUGUUAACCUCAUAAUAGCUUGUAGACUUGAACUGUGUUUGGGAGUAGGUUAUCAAAAGACAUAUCCACCUUUAGCUAAGAUGUAUUUAAGUAUUGUCUCUAAAUUGUCCAUUGUUAAUAAACAAUACUUAUCAGAUAUCCUGAUGUACGAAAUGUGCAUAAAUUUGGAAGGUCACUAAGGUCAGUCAAAGAGUCAAAAGUGUACCCCACCCUUCUAAAGAGAAGUUUUGAAAGUAGAGAUAACUAUGGACAUCUUCUGUUGUAAAACUUGCUCAUUCAAUCUCCCAGGCUUGCCAGUGUGAUAUAACAUAUCCUCCUUUAUAGAGUUCUGCUAGUUUCUAGCUCCACCAGCUAAAUUUUUUUUCCUAAGAGGUUUGGAUGCCUGUUGAUUUGCUGGAACUUGAUAACGUAAUUAUUCAUCUCAGUUUUUCUUUUUACUGUUUGCAGAUGAGUGCUACCAUGUUUGGCACCACAGGUGGCCCAAUGUUGGCUCUAUUUUCUCUUGGAAUGUUAACAACCCGUGCUAAUGCUAAGGGCGUGUGGAUUGGAGUUGUUAUUGGCUUUUGGACUGUCACGUGGAUCAGUAUAGGAGCGCUAGUGCAUCCUCCUAGAUACCCAAUGCAACCCAUGUCAAUAACAGGCUGCCCAAGCAACGUAACAAACUUCAAUAUGUCAUCACUAAACCCUGCAAGAUCGUAUGUUUCAUUGUGCAUUAAUUUUAAUCUUAAGUUAAAAGAUGGUUCUUUUUGGUUUUGAAUGUAUUAAAUAAAUUUUAUCUUUUAACCCGUUAUAAGAGUGAUCAGCAUCAAUUUUCUCCUGGUAAUAUCAAUGCUUUGUAAAACAGAGUGGUCAUGAGAAUUACUGACAUGAUUAUGCAAGAUGAAUUUGCUUGAUAUUUUAUCAACUUCUCCCCACUACUUCUGUAGGAAAUGAAUAGGGGCAACAAAUGAGAGUUCAGUCUUUGAUCUUAGGGGUUAAAGGGUUAUUGCCAGCAGCAUGCAAGAGCAAUAAUAUUAUCCACUGAAAAAUUGUGCGAGACUAGGGGCUGAUCACUUAUCUUUCUUUUACUACCAUUGAGGGAUUUUUGCAACACAUUAUUAAUAGUUUGUCCAGCGCUGUGAUCUUUAGUGUCCUUUACAGAAACUUAGCAUAGAAGUAACACUUUUAACAAAGCUCCAAAACACAAAACAAAACUGUCUGUAAUAGAAACACAACCAUAUUAAAUACUGUAAUGCCAUAUAGGCACACACCUGUAACAGAGAUUGACCUAGUAAACAAGUUGUUUAUUUACCAUUUUACCCUCAGCAUUGAGCCUCAUUCUGUUUACGCCAUCUCGUUCUUCUGGUAUGGAAUUCUUGGAUUUUUCAUCACUUAUAUCAUUGGUUAUUUUGCCAGUCUUAUAUUCAGUGAGUAUCUCAGAAGUAUCAUUUUGGUUUGUGCUACACAGUGGAACCUUGAUAUACAAACCUCCUUAGCCCUUCUUUAUAUCGAGGUUCCACUCUGUUACUUAUGCUUAAUAAUAUUGUUUUACCAGCUCAGUCAGAAGUUAUCAUGAAGAGUCUAGUUUUCACAGGUUGUCUAACUUUCAAUCUGUCACCAAGCUGAACUCACCUACCCUCAGGGAAAGCAGAUGUAUUUCCAGCUGUCACCUCUGAUGACCAGAAAUAUGUCUGCCUCCACAAGCUACACUCACCCAGACAGUAAUUAUUUAGUUUUUCUUUACAGCAAAACAUGAAACACACAGCAUAGACCCUGCCUUGCUGUUUAACUAUAGUACAAUAACAGCUUGCUGGAGGCGAUUAAAGAGAGGUGGCAUCAGCUCCCCUGGGGUAAUUAUCUUCUUU